AUGAAGGGAAGCGCGAAAGUAACGAUCCUCCCAGACUGUUGGCUGGCCGUUUGCGAAGCGUUCUCCCAACGUUAUCCGAAUCCGUAUGCGUCUCACGUUCUGUCAGAGGACACGGUGUAUCAAGAAGUAAAAGAUGACAAAUUCAUGAGCAAGAGAAUCCAGAUGACUGUAGCUAUCCUACGCGAUUUGUUCGAGAAUCUCGUGAAGAAAUCCCAGGAAUUAACAGGUGCUGAUACUCGAGGAGUCGGCUUCUACGUGAAACGUUUGAUCUCGUUAACGAGGAACCUCGAGCACAAGAAGCUGGUGGUUGCCUCGGAGACAACCAAGUAUGUACCUGAUUGA